AUGUGGUGCUUCAGCAGUACUUCCGGCCCACAUGUAAAACAGUACAGCGUGAUUUAUCUGCAAAUAAUACAUUAUUAUUCUGAGUGUUUCUAAUAUAAUCUUGAUUAAACACAUCUGCGAUCAUGAAGCUGCUCACACACAACAUGCUGACGUCUCACGUAAAGGGAGUCACGAAAGGAUACCCGCUGCUCAUAAAGGCCACCGAGGUGAAGGUGAACGAUGUAGACUUCAACCCUCAGUUUGUCUGCAGGAUGAUCCCCAAACUGGAGUGGAGUGCUCUGGUCGAGGCUGCAGAUCUGUUGGGUCAUCGACAAGAUCUACCGAGUGAGCUGGUGCCAGACUACGAGAAAAAUGAGGACUUCCUGAAGAAAGUGCACAGAGCUCUGUUGGAGGUGGAGGUGAUUGAGGGGUGUCUGCAGUGUCCUGAAUCGGGGCGAGAGUUCCCCAUCUCCAGAGGAAUCCCCAACAUGCUGCUGAAUGAAGACGAGGUCUAGCCUGCAUCAUCAGCUCCUGCUCACUAACUCUUCUCAGCGAGGGGAUGGACUCUGAUUUGUUUUCAGGAAAAAUGGGCUACAAUUUUCACAUGAUUAUUACAUUUUAAGUGGCUCGCGUUGUCAGUGGAUGGAAAGGAUUUGAAGAAUGACGGGUUCCUUGAGAGUAACCCCCUCAUGGUUUUAUUUGUAUUUAUUUUUGUUGGUUUUUUCUCAAUAAAAGGUUCAGAGUUUUCUAACAGCCAAAAUAAUCUGGUUUUAGUGGAAAAUAUGGAUUGACUUCUAUUAAAGACGUGCUGAAAUCCCAGAGAGACAUGCUCUGAACCUCAUCUCGCCCUCUCAGCGUUGGAUGACGUGGCAGUGGGUCGUCUAAAAUUGGCUUUGAGGAAAAAGGCAGUAAAAUCAGGCAGGCUGGAAGUUGUUUUUGAGGAAGUCUCUCUUUUUCUCUGUCUUUUUUUCCUCAAAGCCACACAUUACAGCUCACUCUCACGCCCCACCUUAGAGGGAUCUACUACGAUGCCUCGCUCUUUCUCUGGUCUUGCUGACGGGUGGAGACAAAGCCCACGCUGAUAAAAGGAGUCUGUCUUUGUUCCGAUGAGCUGAAGCAGAAGCCGUCAGGUUGGAACAGGAGCCGCGUUAUCGUUUGUAGAAAGCUUGCCAGGACAGACGAUGAAAGGAAGGGUUGGCCUGACCAGAAGCCUUCAGGCUGCCGGAGUCUCUCCUACCUUUCCCUUCUACUUAACAGCAAUUACAGGCCUGCAGCCGCAACUAUAAUAACGGUAUAAUGUGAUGGCAGCAGAGCAGCAAUAAAAGCCACCCCUGGCAGAUUAAUAGUCCUCCACAAGUGCUGAGCUGUAAUUAACAAUGAGACUGAGGAGGAACAGAGAAAAGAAAGGAGCUCUGCUGAAAGCUGGAAAAGCUAAAGAUAAAAAAGGAUGGGCUGCUUUUGACUGAUCUAAUAAAAUCAAGAUGCUGAACCUGGAAGUGACUGAUCCAUCACAUUAAUUACUCAGACUGGAUUUUUGCUCUGGAAGUCAGCUUUUGAUAAAUAUGCGCUCCGUUCUCGUUUAUGCGGCUGAUGUCAGCGUUCUCCAGCACAAAAACUAAAACGGAUAAAGUAAAAAGCCACAAAAAUCAACACGUCACAUUGAAAAGCAAAGAGAGGUUUGGGGGAUAUGUGGGGGGAAAAGUGUUAUUAUUUUCUGUAAUAUUUUAAAAUGAUUGUUGUUCAUUCUUGAUUUUGAAAGGUUUAACUUUAACUGGUUUCAUUCCAGUCUGCCCACUCUGCUCUGUUUUGUUGAACAUCAAAAACAUUUAAAAGAAUAUGUCUUGUUCCACAAAAGCUAAAUGUCUGAAUAAAGUCUCUGCUUGUUAGGCUAAAUAAAUCCUUCAUAAACACCA